AGUGUUUGGUUGUUACAAAGAGAUCAGAUACGUGUGGAGCACCUUCCAGAUCACUCUGUGCUCUGACGAGACCUAAUAACAGCGUUCAGAAGUCUUCUUAAGAAAACAGGAAAUGAAGUUCUUUAUUUCGUUGCUGAUAACUCUGGCAGUGGCAGAUUCAUUUCCCUUGGAAAAUGAAGGAAACACCGCGCCAGAAACGGAGAUUUUAGGGCCUCGUGUACAAGAUACUGAUGAUCUAAGGAUGCAACCCAAGAUACCCAUGAUUGAAACACCUCUCAACGAUCCCGCUCAACAAAAGGAUUGGGACAGCAACGUUGAUUGGUCGCCUAGGGGUGUCAAUGUCGGUGGAAGAAAGGAAAAUGGUAAAAGGGGCUGGGGCAUCAGUGGCAACAUUGCGAGCAGCGGUGGUAAACCGAGUUGGAACGUUGGUGUCGAUUAUCAGCAUCGAUUCAAGAAACGGGGUUGGGCCAACAAUAUCGAUGCUGAUGGACUCAACGCUGAAACACCUUUGAACGAUCCCGCUCAACAAAGUGAUUGGGAUGGCAACGUUGAUUGGUCGCCUAGGGGUGUCAAUAUCGGUGGAAGAAACGAAAAUAAUAAAAGGGGCUGGGGCAUCAGUGGCAGUUAUGGGCGAAACAAUGGUAAAUCAAAUUGGGGCGUUGGUGUCGAUUACAAAUUCGGUAAACGGGGUUGGCCCAACAACUUUGGUGGUGGUAGGCUCACCACUGUCCCAGAUGGGAACUUCUUUGGAGGAAAAAAUCGCCUACCUUACCCAGACUAUUACAAAAAUUGAAGUAAGUGAAGGUCGAGACCGGAAUGGCAUGGCGAGAUAUCGACAAAACUUUGCUUAGCUUAAUUGCUGGGCCCUAGCACGGAACACAACAUUUCGGACUAGACUUUGUAACCGUACGUAGUUAAAAACUGUAACGUUUAAGCAAUAGUAACGCAAACAAAUAAAGGAUUGGAGGGGAGCGAA